UUGUUCAUUCUUUCUCUACAGGAUCUGUCCACUGUGAAUCCAGUGACGCUUCACGUGGAUCCUCAUGGAUUUUAUCUCUACUGGACAGACCAAAAUAAGGAGACGGAGCUGUUGGACCUAACCUUUGUUAAAGAUGUCAGAACAGGGAGGAGCACCAAAACACCAAAGGAGGCCAAGCUGCGGGAGCUGCUGGAUAUCGGCAAUCUGGUUGGCCGACUGGAGAACCGCAUGGUCACCGUGGUUACAGCCUCAGACCUGGUGAACGUUAACCAGCUGAACUUCAUCGCCUCACAGGAGGACGAGGCAAAGGUGUGGUGUGAGGAACUGUUUUCUCUGUCUUCCAAUCUACUGAGCCACAAUCUCAACAGGGACCACAGUCUGUUGAAAGCGUUCGUCAGGUUGACUCUCCAGCCGAACGCAGAGGGGAGGAUUCCCGUGAAGAACAUUGUGCGCCUGUUUUCUUCAGACAGAAAGAGAGUAGAGAACUCUCUGGAGAACUGCAAGCUGCCCUACGGACGGGGGGACAGCAUCAAACUGGAGGACUUCACACCGGAAAUCUACAGGAGCUUUUUGGAGAGCCUGUGUCCUCGUCCUGAGCUCAGCAGCAUCUUCAAACUGCAAGGGUGGGGUGACAGGACGCUGACUCUGGAUCAGAUGACCGACUUCAUCAACAACAAGCAGAGAGACCCCCGCCUCAAUGAGAUUCUCUACCCCCCCCUCCGGCCUGCACAGACUCACUCUGUGAUGGAGAGACACCAGCAGGACCAGGACCAGCUGAAGAAAGGCUUGAUCUCCCUGCAGGCUCUCUCCAGUUAUCUCUCCAGUGAUGAGAACGGGAUCAUCCCUCCGGAGAAACUGGAUCAGUCUGAAGACAUGAGCUUUCCCCUGUCACACUACAUCAUCAACUCCUCACACAACACAUACCUGACAGCGGGUCAGCUGGCCGGCAGCUCCUCGGUGGAGAUGUACCGGCAGGUUCUGCUGGCCGGGUGCCGCUGCGUGGAGUUAGACGUCUGGAAAGGACGGACGGCGGAGGAGGAACCGGUCAUCACACACGGCUUCACCAUGACCUCGGAGAUCCCCUUCAAGGAAGUGCUUGAAGCGAUUGCAGAGUGUGCUUUCAAGACCUCACCUUUCCCCGUCAUACUCUCCUUUGAAAACCACGUGGAUUCUUCGAAGCAACAGGCUAAAAUGGCUGAAUACUGUCAAUCUAUUUUCGGGGAUGCGCUGCUGAUCGACCCUCUGGACAAAUACCCUCUGGAGGCAGGCGUCCCUCUGCCCAGUCCUCAGGAGCUGAUGGGAAAAAUUCUCAUCAAAAACAAGAAAUCCCACAAACCCUCGGCUAACACGGACACCAAACGACUGGUGGACCUUGCGGCCAAUCAGAGCCACGAAUCGGCGUCUCCUAGCAACAACACGGGAGCCGAACACACAGGGUCAGGUUUACAGCUGUUUGAUGUGUACAAACGAAGAACAGUGGAUGAAGAGUCGAUGAGGAUGAAGACUUGUUUAACUUUAAUUUUAACAGAGAUGGAGGCUGAGAGUGAGGAAGAGGAUGAUGAUGAAGAUGAUGAUGGUAAAAAGGGCUCAGCAGAGCGCGAGGCCGUGGCCACCGAGGAGAUGUCCACGCUGGUGAACUACGUCCAGCCAACCAAGUUCAACUCCUUCGAAGCUUCAAAGAAGGCAGCUCGUUGUCACCACAUGUCGUCCUUCGUGGAGACCAAAGCUCUGGAGCAUCUCACAAAGACACCGGUGGAGUUUGUGGAAUAUAAUAAAUCCCAGUUGAGUCGUAUCUACCCAAAAGGAACCAGAGUGGAUUCCUCUAACUUCAUGCCGCAGCUUUUCUGGAAUGCCGGCUGUCAACUCGUGGCUCUCAACUACCAGACUAUAGAUUUGUCCAUGCAGCUGAAUCUCUUCAUGUUUGAGUAUAACGGUCGCAGCGGCUACAGACUGAAGCCGGAGUUCAUGAGGCGACCGGACAAACACUUCGACCCUUUUGCAGAAAACACGGUGGACGGCAUCGUGGCUAACACCCUCUCUGUGAAGGUGAUUUCAGGACAGUUUCUCACUGAGAAGCGCGUGGGUGUGUAUGUGGAGGCGGACAUGUUCGGUCUUCCUGCAGACACCAGGAGGAAAGCCCUGAAAACUAAAACCUCUCAGAACAACAACGCCGUCAACCCGGUGUGGGACGAGGAGCCCAUCGUCUUCAAAAAG